AUGAAUUGGGAUAUUAAAUAUCAUAAGGGUGAAUUUACUGUUGAUGAGCUAAAAACUAUAGUUCAAAGUUUAAAUCAAGAGCAAGAUAGUAAGGUGAUCAUGAAACAGAAUCAGGUUUACUGGCAUCAUCACUUUCCCGAAUUUAAGAAAAACUAUUUACACGACUAUCCUAGAUAUCGCGAGCUUUCUGACUACAAACAGGAGCUUUUACAACAAUCACAAUUAGUUUUAUCUUCAACUACACCAGAAAAUACAGACUUGCUUCAAAGAAAUAUUGCAUUAAUUUCUGAUAAAGAAGAGCUGCUUAGAAUAAAUAAUGAAUUAACAAUUAGACUUCAAGAACUUGAGACAAACAAUGCUCAAUUAAUCGAAACAAACAAUCAAAUAACAGAAUUGAACAAUGGAUUAAAGAUUGUUUUACGUGAUGCUGAAGAUGAACGAGAUAAUUACAAGAUGUCAAAUUUUGCUGAAUUUAAUAAUUUUGUUAAUAAUUACAUAUUUGGAUUGUUCAACAUGUUAGCACAAUAUCAAUUUUUAAAUUAUUUAGUCAAAUUUAUUAAUACUUUUAAUUUGGUAUUAGUGAUUCGAAAUAAUAAUUAUGUGCAGAUAAUUUAUAAAAAAUUUAUUUGGCCUUUAUUUGCAAUUCCAUAUGUUUGGUUAACUGAAUACAAGCGUGUUCGAGUUGCUGAAAUUAUUUUUGUUAAUAUUCUAACUGCUUAUUUUAUAGUAUACUUAACUUUAUAUUUGAUUUUUAUUGUAUUUUUAAAAAGUAACUGCUGUUCAGUAGCAGCUAUUUUAAAAUCUAUUCAAGAUAUUAUAUUUGAUGAACAAAAAUGUAUUGGAUUUUUAAUUGAAAAAGAAAUCAUAUAUAGAAUUGAGAAUUGUAAAAUAUGCAAUUCAGAAAUAUAUCAAGAAAAUAAAAUAUAUCGAU